CGUAACACGUACAUGUACCACGUACACAAUUAGCUAGCUAGUUUGACUUGACGGCAGGGCAAUCUAUUCUCUCAAAGGACAAGUCAUAAUUUUCAAUGUCGUUCGGAAUGAAUAACAUCAAGGUGAAUCCCGUUGGGAUGAUAUUCCUUGUUAUUCUAGGCGGAGGAACACUUCUUCUCAUCAGAAAUUCUUUCUAUGGAAAAGAUAAGAGCAGUGGCAGCUCGGAGCAGGGUGAAUUGGUCAGCAUGAAGCAGCUCCUUGUUGCCAGCAUCCAGCUCGCCGAGCGCGGCGGCAGGGUGGUGAAGGAGAUUCGCGAUACGAACAAGCUGAACGAAGCCAGCAAAGGGAAGACAAAAGAAGGAGCAAAUAAUCCAGUAACCGACGGAGAUAUGAAGUCACAUGAGGCCAUUAUAUCUGGAUUUCAAAAGUCAUUUCCAUCUGUUUUUGUCGUCUCGGAGGAACAUGAAGAUAAAGUGUUUGACAUGAACAAGGUGACUCCUGUGGCUAAGGACCUUCCUGAGGUAUCUAAAAUCAUUCAAUCAGAUGAAAAGAUUCCUGUUAGUGAUAUCACCGUCUGGGUCGAUCCUCUGGAUGCAACACAAGAAUAUACAGAGGACUUGGUAGAAUAUGUGACAACAAUGGUCUGUGUAGCAGUGAAAGGAGUACCGACUAUGGGAGUCAUACACAAACCAUUCCUGGAAAAUGGACCCAAGACAACAUGGGCGUGGGUAGGUAAAGGCCACGCAGCACACCUGAAGGAGAUCAAGCACCAUACCGAAGCCUUGGAGAGCCCUAGAAUCAUCGUGUCAAGGAGUCAUUCUGGCCAGGUGGAAGAAGUUUCCAAGAAGACCUUCGGAGCUGGCACUAAGGUCAACCCUGCAGGAGGAGCUGGUUACAAAGUGAUGUCCCUCCUAGAAGACCAAUCAGACAUCUACAUCCACGUUACACUCAUCAAGAAAUGGGACAUAUGCGCCGGCAACGCCAUCCUGACUGAGAUGAAGUCCAAGAUGACCACCUUAAAGGGGGAGACCAUCAGCUACGACAGGGCGGACGACCCCAAGGCGCCGGACGGACUCCUAGCAACCGUCUGGGACCACACAGAGUUCCUCGCAAAGCUCAAGCCUGUCUACGAAGAGCUAAAAGCAGAUCAGAAGCCAAAAGCAAAGAAAUAAUGCAUGCUUUUAUCUAUCAAGGAAAAUAGGCAUAUAUUUUGUUUUAAAAUUUAUUGUACUGAUCUUUUUUCAGUUUACUGUAAAACCAGACUCUUUAUUGUUUUAUGACAGCAAAAUCCUGUGGUAAGAAACUUUAGACAAUCGCAAAAUUUUACAUGUUUUCUAAUCUGUAUUGAUAUUUGUAAAUUAUGUAUAAUUCAGUCCAUGUACUAUUGAACAUGUUUUUCAUAAACCAUAAUUCAAUUGAAUUGAUUCAAGUCAUUUUCCAGCAUACAUGUAAACCUUGAAGAAAAGAAACUGUAAAAAAAUGAAACUUAAAUUCAUUUAAAUUUCAAGCGAUGAAAGAUUCUGGUUUUACAGUACUUGCUUUGUAGCCGCCACCGCAUUAAAAAAAACGUGUAUUAAAAUGAAUGGCAAUUGUGCACAACAGAGGAGUUGCACAUAUUCACUGAGCUACAUGUAUGUGUUAUAAGAUACAGAAAUAUGAAACGUGAUACACUUCAUAUCAUCACCCCAAAACCGAAGCGCUUUUGUCGUGUCAUAUCUCAAAUAAGCCUUAAAAUGCAUUUUCUUAUGCUAUGCUGAUCUAACCCAUUCAAAAUAAUGAGUCGCAAUACAGCACUAUUCCUUAUGGACUUGUGUUAUGGAAUUAGAUUUUUAUAUUAUUAUCAUUUUCUUGCAAUUUUGUGGAAUAGAUAGAAGGAAAACUUGUUUUUGUCAGGCCGUGGUGCUUAAAACAAGCAGCUGGGGGAGUAGCGGCAUUGUUUAUACAUGUAUGUGAUUUAGAGGAACCUUCCAUUUACCAAUGGAGUUGCCUCUUUAAUACAGAAUUUUAGCUUAGAGUGUAGCAGAGCUUGGUGUGUCCAUCAAUGGACAUUUGACGAGUUUUCAAACUUGGGAGACCUUUUAAAAAAAUGAGUCGUAGAUUAUGACGAGGUUUCAUGCUCUUGUUGUUUUGGGUAUCACUUAAGGUAUUGAAAGUUUAUGAAAUUGGUUGCUAUGUCACCCACCGACAAAUAUGUCAUGGCCAGACGAUGGACUAAAAUACGAAUCCAUUUAAUUAUAGUUGUAAUGGUUGGCCGAAUGCUGAUUAUGAUGUAAUGAUCAGGAUGAGCAUUUAAUUACGGUAGCUGUUGAUAAACAAGAUUGAAGUUUAUUAUAAUCUCUUUCAAUAGCCUGCUGGUUAGUCGAUGUGUGUGUGAUAGCUGGAACAAUCAAUUAGUUGAUCAAUAUCUUUGCUUUACAAAUUAUGAGAAAGAUAAUUUAUAAUGAAGGUUGACCAGACACUUGCUCUGGUGGCAAUUUGCCCUUCGCUUUAGUUCCUCAGAGAUAUACGGUCAAGGUAACUAUUGAGUUUUAGGUCGGAAUUUGUGGAAGUUUGGAAUUCAACUUGUGUGGAAUGAUGGCUACGGAUCAAUCUUUGUGAAACGUCCGUACACAAGCCUCUUCCAUUCGACCACAAGUUCAAAAUAUUGCCCAUAAUCAAUGAAAUCUCUAAUCAUCGAAGAAGAGAGAGACUCUUGUUUUUAUUUAUUUAUUACUUGUUGUCAAAGGGGCAUCGAAAAAUAAUGUUGAUGUUAUGGUAUCUAUUUACUAUUUUUGUUAUUAUUAUUGUUAUUAGUAGACAUUUAGGCAGAAUUCUUUUGAAGGUGUGGAGGAUCGUGUAUGCUUUUGAGCCAAGUGGGUUAUCCAUAUGCAUGUAGUUCUGUAAAUUUGGUUACACCAUCGAGUUUGAUAUUUAACACAGCAUUCAUGUACAUGUAAAGGUAUAAUUAUGAACAAGGCUUAACUGGAAAAUUAA